AUGCCUCACAAGCGGGCCAAGUUUUCCAAGCGGCAGGAGGAUCGCGCAGCCUUGGGCACCAACCUCCCCCCGCCAACCGGCAAGGACGACUACCACUUCAACUCGAUGCCCAAGGGCGCCAUGAGGAUCCUCCAGGGCGCUCAGAUCCAAGAGGAGUACCGCAAGCGCAAGCUCGCCGCCGCAAAAGCCGCCCAGAACCCCACCUCGGCCGCCUCGACGGCUGCGGCCAAGGGCAAGGGCAAGGGCAAGGACAAGGCGGCGGGCAACGGCAACGACAAUGAGAACUCGUCGGCGACCCAGGAGCUCAAGAUCCGCCCCGGCGAGAAGCUCCGCGACUUCAACCGCCGCGUCGAGAUGGCCAUGGCUCACGACAUCUCGUCCACGUUCCGCUCCAAGUCGGCCACCAACGCCAAGAAGCGGGCGCGCAGAGCCGCCAGGAAGGCAGGCCUCGACCCUGACGCCGAUUCGCAGGACGAAGCCGACCAGGAGGAUCUGCGCAAGAAGCGCGCCGACAAGGCGGCCGCCAAGGAGGCGGCACAGCCAUCGCGCAACGACCUCAAGCGGCAGCGCCAGGCCCUCGAAGCAGGAGCCGAGGUCAAGGACUUUGCCAAGGCGUCCCAGGUCAAGAAGAUCAACGAUGUCGCGCAAGCCCCACCUCGCCUCACAAAGGCGCCCCGAGGAGAGACGGUCCAGUCCAAGCUGCGCAAGGCGCAGCUGAUGGCCAAGAUCGGAGGCACGGACGAGGACGAGGCGUCUCGGCGCGUCCUCACCGACGAAAAGGCGCGCUUCAAGGGCCGCAUCCCGGAAAAGGCCGCGGCUGCGGCCGACGCCAAGAAGCGCAAGCGGGGUGACGAUCCAUCCGACCUCGCCUCGGCCGGCGUCAGGCCAGCGAAGCCAAGCAUGGCCCGGCAGAUGAUCCUCGACCAGGAGCGCGACAAGGCAAUCAAGCUGUACCGCGAGCUCAAGGAGAAGAAGAUCAAGGAGCGUGAGACUCGCGGCGGCCAGUAG